UCAUUUCGGCUCGAGUACUCUCGCUCCGAGCGCGCAGAGGUUGCUAGGCACGCCUGCCCCCCUCGCGCGCGGUGUGCGCGUGUCCGGGUGCGCUCGCGCCGAGAAGAGCCCGGUGGGACCACGACUCCACCUUGGGACCCCUCGGCGAGCGCGCCCGCGCGGCGGCGUGCGUGCCGGCCCCUCGGCGCCUCGUGCCGCCGCGGGGCGCAUGCGCGGGCGGCAGCGCACCAAGGACCGAGUCGGUGGCCGUCCCGUCUCCGGACGCGAUCUCGAAGCUCCAGGCGGACCGCUUCGGCCACGUCGUGGAGGCCCUCAAGCUGCGCUUCCGCAUCUCCAUCUCGGGGGGCCUCGCGGGAGCUGAAGCGGCUGCUGGGCGCGGGCGCGGGUGCGGACCAGGCCGUGGCGGCUUUGGACGGCCGCUGCGAGGAGGGCCCCUCGCAGCCUCUGCGCCUGGAGGGCCCGCGGGGCGCGGCGUGUCCGAGCGGGUCCCCGAGGGAGGGCGAGCACUGCAGCAGGGGCGAGUUCGCGCAGAGGCUGCACCAGGAGCUGGUCGACUUCCGGCUCUCCGCCCAGAAGGGCGGCGGCCCCGCCUCCUCGACCGCGGACGCGUUCUACCGCCACCUCGAGGGCCCCCGCGAAUCGCCGUGGCAGCAGCCGGCGGCGGGAGACGACGGGGAGCCGUCCACCGCCGCGGUGACCCGCGGAGAUUGGGCGCCUGCGCGCCGCGCACGAGGAGGCGGCGCGGAGCCUGGAGAGGACGAUCUGCUCCGACGAGGCCCUGGGCCCGCAGGCGUUGCUGGACGCGGAGAGGGAGAUGUUCGAUAG